AAUCGGCACAUGGGACAACAACUCUUGAUUAAUUUCUUUUAGGUACUAAAUAAUUUUGUUAAAAAAUACAAUGACAUGAUAAAUUUAUUGUGUAACAUUGGUCCAAUAUUAAUUUGUGACAAAUAGAAAAAUUAAAAUCUGUGCACUAAUUAAACACUAUUUCCUCUAAUCCAAUUUAUUUUCCAUUUUAUGAUUCAUCGUUGUCAAACUUUGAACUCCAAUAUAUAAAUAAUGACUGAGGUUAACAAUGCAAUACUAACAAUACUUAUAUUACCUGAAAUGUCAUAAAAAUUUUAUUUCCAAAUAUAUUAUUUGAAUCACACAUUUCAAAGAAAUGGUUUGUCCCAAUGUUGACCAGGGAAAAACAUUUUUGUGACUUUACUUGAAUUGUCUAGUUUGUUGACAAUACCAACUAGAAUCUUGUAGCUUCCUAAAAAAGGAUGUCACGGAACUGCUUCCAGAAAGACAAUGCAUAAUAGCAAGACAGAGAUGAGAACGAAAUCAAUGGAUAUCACUGAUCAACACCAGAAUAUUGUUUUGAGGUCAGACCCGAGUUGCAAUGAGCUGGAACUUCACGAUGCAUUGGAAACAUCAUCAGAUAUAGUAGAAGAACACAUUGUAGGGAGGAGAGAAGAAAAAGAGAAAGUAAUGGCCUCUUUGCUUGAGGCCAUGUCAAAAAAGGUCGUCAUCCUUCCUAUACAUGGUAUUGGAGGCAUUGGCAAGACAACUUUUGCAAGACUGAUUUAUAAUGAUCCAAUGUUCAAUUGUUAUUCUCAGGUAUGGGUCCAUGUGUCCCAGAGAUUUGACUCCAAUAAGAUUUAUAAGCCUAUAAUUUUACAGCUAUUUGGAAAAGAGAGCCUGGCUAAUGAAAGUAAGAUGAUACAUAGUUACCUCAAGGAACUACUUCGUGGUAAGAAGAUUCUGAUUGUUUUAGAUGACCGAUGGGAGGAGAAUCAGUUCCUGUUGCAGAAGUUGAAGGAUAUGUUAUAUCACGAGGAGAGCAACAUCACUAUUUUAGUCACAACACGCAGUGAAUGUGUUGCAGAUAGAAUCUGUACUAACCUUCAACCACACAAGAUAUUGCCCUUGACAAAUGACAUGUGUUGGGAUAUAAUAAAACAAAGAAGUGGUUUUGAAGAUAGAAAUGACAAAGAACAGCUAAUGGGUAUAGGACAAGAGAUUGCUCGGAAGUGUGGUGGUGUUGCUUUAGCAGCUCUAUCUCUUGGGUUCACUUUACGGUCCUUGAAUUUUGAAGAAUGGAUGAAAGUGAAAGACAGUCAUAUCUGGAAUAAACCCGUUUCAGAUGAUUUCUCUUUGUCAAAUCAAGUUCUUGCAUCCUUGAAGUUAAGUUAUAGCUAUAUGUCUCCAUGCUUGAAGCUAUGCUUUACCUACUGUGCAAUCUUUCCAAAAGGUCACAAAAUAGUUAAAGAUGGUCUUAUUUACGAAUGGAUUGCUUUGGAUUUCAUCAAGCCAACAAUACUACUCUCGGAUAUGCAGCUUUGUGAAAAAUAUAUUGUGCAGCUACUCGGACUAUCAUUUUUUCAACAACUAGUGUCACCUAAGGUGUGUUAUUUCAGCAUACCAAUACAACAUUUGAACUUUUUUUUCUUACUUCAAUCAGUUGAAAACAAACGUAUUCUAACUUCUGAUAAAAAGUUAAAAACAUGCCGACUUCUUACACGGAUUGAAACAACCACUUAACACAAUAAUGUAGCAGCAGUUCACAAUUAUUAGAAAGCAAUGUUGAAGAACCAAUAUUUUGGACAAAGAUUACCUAUAAUCAUAGAGCAACAAAGCAAAACUUUAGAGAAAUUACACACAGGCUGACACAAUAGACAUAUUGUAGCCACAAUCCAUAAUAUUCCUUCAACAAACAAAUAAAUGAUGUUUUUGUUAUUAGUUUGUUUAAGUCAAUCACUUCAAACUCAUUAUAAUAAAAAGGCUGAGUAGUCAAAGAU